AUGACUGACCCCAAACUUCCGCAUCGAAACCGAUCGUCUAUAUAUCUCCUACUGCCUUCCCACUUCCCCCCACUCACUGUGCAUUCCUCGUUCAACUUUAUAACUCGCCCUCCUUCAUUGCCACUUGUGCUACUCACGCCCGGCCACGGGCACGGCCAGUACUUGGUCUCGCUCAAGGAGACCUCAAAACAUGUUGGAAUUGUGAGCCUAAUGAAGGGCGAUUCACCCGAACAGUCGUAUCCCGUACCCGACGUGGGAUUUGCUAUGCUCCCCGAGGUGUCUGGGCAGGGAUAUGCGACGGAAGCCGCUAGGAAGCUACUCGACUAUGCUUCAGAGGUGUUGGGCGUUAAAGAGGUUUUUGGGUUCACCGACGCUAAGAAUACUGCGAGCCGACGAGUUCUUGAGAAGCUGGGAUUAGAAGAUCGUGGGGUGCAUCUACUGCGAGUGUUCAAUUUUGAGGCUAGUUCCGUAUCACCUCACCGAGUAUGGUGGAUCUGA